AUGCCUCGCCCUGCGUCGCCCUCAAUACCGGAAAAGGAGUUCUUGUUCAGCUCCCUGAAACAGUCGCUGCGCCUCGAUGGGCGGAAUCCACUGGAAGUGCGAACACCGACCUUGACUUUCGGGCCGGAGCUGGGUUGGGUAGAGUGUGCAUUGGGAAAAACAAGGGUCAUCGCCCAGGUCGAUGCAAAAAUGGUGAAGCCGCCGCCCGAACGCCCGCUAGAGGGCAUCAUCAGCAUCCAUUCAGAGCUCUCGCCUAUGGCCUCGAGCGAGUACGAGUCCGGUCGGCCGUCGGAUGAAGAGGUGACGAUUACGCGAAUGCUGGACAAGGUCCUGAGGCGGAGCGAUGUUGUGGACAAGGAGUCGUUAUGUGUCCUGGCUGGACAGAGAGUCUGGCAUCUACGCCUCACGAUACAUUGUCUGGCUGACGCAGGCAACAUGCUCGACUGCUCGUGUCUAGCGGGGGUUGUGGCUCUGCGGCACUUUCGAAGGCCAGAAGUUGAAGUACUAGGAGACGAAGUCACCAUCCAUCAUCCUUCCGAACGCGCCCCCGUCCCCCUCUCCAUGCACCACUCGCCCUACUGCCUCACCUUUGCCUACUUCCCCGACGACUCUAUCCUGCCCGUGCUUGACCCGUCGCACCUCGAGGAGACACUUAGCGCGGGCCUCCUCUCCAUCUCGCUGAACGCCCAGCGCGAGCUGUGCGUCGUGCAGAAGGCGGGCGGUGUACCACUCGCGCCGGACGAGAUCCUGAGAAUUGUGGGCAUCGCGGUAGAGAAAGCAAAAGAACUUGACAAGGUUGUCGAGCAGAGGCUGAAGGAGGAUUGGGCCGGACGGACAGUGGAGGUGAGGUGA